AUGCCAAAAGAAACUAAUAUGCUUGAAUUUUACCUUGAAGUUUCCUAUUUUAUAGAAUACAUUUCUCAAUUUUGUUCUAAAAAUCUUGCAAGUAGACUUAGCCAAGUACUAGGAAAUUUCUAUUAUUCCAAUAAAAAUUAUAGGAAAUCAAUAGAGCAUUUUAUAAAAUCGAUUAAUUAUCAUAUAGAGCGCUUCCAAAAAAAAUCAUUGCUGAACGAGAUGAGUAUCUUAGAUGACUCCUUACUCUAA